AUGAAGCUCGACUUCUGGCGCAACAGAAACGGGUCGUCGGCCGAUGAGGUUGCGGCAGGUUCCUACGAUGGUGAGCCGCCAAUCGACCAGACCUCUAAACCCUUCUUCCAACGAGUGCUUCCGGUGUUUGCUACUGGUGCUGGUCUGUUCUCAGAUGGCUACGUCCAAAACGUCAUUGGUUCGGUCGGUACGAUUCUGGGUAUGCAAUAUGGCGAUAUCUACAAGAAGAGCAAUUAUAAACAGAAUGUUGCUUCAAUCGCCUUUGCUGGCACGGUUCUUGGCCAGCUUGUCUUUGGAUACACAAGUGACAAGUGGUCUCGCACCAACUCUCUGCUUGUAUCUACGGCUAUUUUGAUCGUAUUUACAGCGCUAUGUGCUGGGAGCUAUUAUCACGGAUCAGUCUCAGGAAUGCUUCAAAUCCUGAUUGCAUGGCGAUUCUUUGUUGGAAUCGGCAUUGGCGGAGAAUACCCUGCUGGAUCUGUUGGAGCUGCUGAGUCCACCGGUGAACUCAAGAGUGGUACGAGAAACAGAUGGUUCAUAUUAUUCACAAAUUCUAUGAUCGAUUGGGGAUUCGUGGCUGGCGCCCUUGUGCCGUACAUUGUGACAGUCAUCUGCGACAACAAGCAUCUCAGCACUAUCUGGAGGACAAGCUUGGGCAUCGGCUGCGUGUUCCCCCUGAUACUCUUCGUUCUGCGACUACGCUUGAAGGAGCCAGAGGAGUUCCAGCGGCACUCUAUGGCUCAUGCCAAGAUUCCGUACAUGCUCUCUUUGCGCUUCUACGGAUAUCGGCUGUUUGUCGUAUCUUUGAUCUGGUUCAUCUAUGACUUCUCAGCCUACUCCUUCGGAAUUUACAGCAGCACAAUCUUGGCAAACAUCAUCAGCGACGAUGCACCGCUAAGCACCACCUUCGGUUGGAACGUAUUGAUAAACGUCUUCUACCUGCCUGGAACUCUAUUGGGUGCACCCGUCAGUGACUGGUUGGGCCCCCGAAUGGCUCUCGUAACGGGAGUAACUCUUCAAGCGAUUGUCGGGUUCAUCUUGAGCGGCGACUACCACAACCUAUCUCAGCCACAUAAUGUUGCCGGCUUUGCUGUUGCAUAUGGCAUCUUCCUAUCUCUCGGUGAGCUCGGGCCCGGUAACAAUAUCGGUCUCCUAGCGGCGAAGACAUCUGCUACAGGCAUUCGAGGCCACUACUACGGCGUCGCAGCGGCUUUCGGUAAGAUUGGCGCCUUUGUCGGGACCUACGUAUUUCCAUAUAUUGCUGCUGCCGGAGGAGACAGUGAUGUUGCAUCGGCGCAAUAUCCCUUCUAUGUGUCGUCGAGUCUUUGUAUCUUGAGUGCCGGACUGACCAUCUUCUGCUUGCCACACAUCGGCCAGGAGACCAUCCAACUCGAGGAUCGCCGCUACAGGGAAUAUCUCGAGAGCAAGGGUUAUGAUACGCGCCAGAUGGGCUUGCACAAGGGGGAGAGCCUCGAAAGCGUAGGCAAUGCGGCUCAUGUCGAGUCUCCGGGUGAGCCAAAGGUGUAA